UAGGCGCGUUGACGUUCUUCGCAAGGAGCCGGAUGCCGAAUUCCGAUAUCCCGAUUUCGACCAAAUCGGUGUCGUCCUUUGUACGAGAUGCAGUGAUUCCCGUUCUCCCUACGAUUUGCCACCGCCUUCGUUUCGGUCCAUCUGAAGAAUGCAUGAGGAUUGAAACUUCUCCUGGCUAAAUGCAUUCUCCAACUUCCGUUUCCUCGAUCCAAUCUUAAUCCGUGUGUCCUUGCCCCCAUGUGCAUAUUAUAAUCGGGUGUGUAUAAGUCAGUGUCGGUGCCCAAAACUGUGUGAAUCCCGAAUAUAUAUUACCAACAGCACUAAAGUGAAACACAUCGCAGUUCUCUUAACGAUCGUUCCUAGAGCACAUAUUAAGUUAAUCAAUAAGGAUAUCCCUGCCAUAUGUGAAUUAAUCAAGUUGAUAUUUACGUGACUUCAGAGCGAAAAGAAAGAAAAAACAAAUGUCCAAAGUGCGUGAGGCGACAUAGGUGACCCCAAAAAAAAAAUGAAAUAAAAGAAAAGAAAGAAGAAAGCGAAAAUAGAAAUCGAGUCCAAUGCAGUUAGUUAGAGCCGACUACUCCAGAUUGCAAAAUGCGUUUGAAUGAACCAGCUGAAAAAACGCGACCCAGACUAAAACCAACGAUAGCAGGCAAUAAGUUCGCAUCAUCGGGUGACCUUCACCUCGAAUGUUCCACCCACAACCUGGUCAGGCUGCUCCUCCUCAUCGCAACGAUCAUGGGCGGCGGAUUCGUUCAGGCCAAGACCAUCUACGACCCAGUUAACAGGAUUGAGGGACUGCAUCCGCUGGUGGAGCCAUCGUUGGACUCCUCGAAAGUAGACCAGCCCACGACUGCUGCCACGCCCACUGCCGCCCCCCUCCAGGUGUCCACGUUACGGAGUAGCCACGAUUCGAAUGAAAUCGAUAACUCCUUUCCAGCGGAUGUGCCCGAGGAUUCGGAUGACUCGGAUUACGCAAUCCCAGAGGGCCAGACCUCCUCUUCGCCGAUCCUCGCCCAGGAUAGUCCACCCAAGGGCCAGGAUCUGGAGUCCUUAUCCCUGCAGUCGGGAUCGGGCACAGUUGCCCCAAAGACACAGUCCGAUGCGGAGGGACGGAAGAACUCCUUCCAGCAGAUUGGCAGCCAGAAUGUAAAUGCCUUAGUGCCGGUGGCCACGGUGGCCACCACUUCCUCCGGCAGCUCGUCCAACGCCUCCGCCCUGGCCACGCCCACGGAGGCGGCGCGGAACCGGAGCACCGGCCAUGUCCGCAACUCCGCCGUCAAGGUGGACAGCAAGCAUCCGCUGUUCAAGGGCCAGAAGACGGAUGCUCCCAUGCUGAACUACAUCUUCGACACGUUCUCCUCGGCCAACAAGCACCACCACCACGAUCAGAGGUAUGGGCCCCACUUCGAGGAUGUGCAGCGACUGGGCCAGGCCACCAAUCUCACCGUGCAGGCGGGCUCCAGCAUCCACCUAAACUGCAGGAUCUCCUUGCUGCAGGAUAAGACUGUUUCUUGGGUGCGCCACAACACGCAGGUCGAGGACAAUGCCCUGGACCUGCUGACAGUGGGCAUGCACACGUACACGGGUGAUAGCCGCUACAAGAUGGAGUUCCAGUACCCCAACAACUGGCGACUGAAGAUAACCAACGUGAAGAAGGACGACGAGGCCAUAUAUGAGUGCCAGAUUUCGACCCAUCCGCCCCGCGUCAUUCAAAUCAACCUGCAUGUGAAUGCUCCGAAGGUGAUGAUUGUGGACGAGGUGGGGGAUCCGCUCCAGGAGAAGUACUACGAGAUCGACUCCACCCUGCAGCUGUCCUGUGUGGUGCGGAAUGUGGCCAUGACCAGUUCGGUGGUCUUUUGGAAGCACAUCGACAACAUCCUCAACUAUGACGUAACUCGAGGGGGAGUGAGCGUCAAAACGGAACUGAUGGAGGAUGGAGCCAACUCGACGCUCUCCAUAGCCAAGAUCAGUAAAACGGAUUCUGGGAACUACACGUGCUCCAUCAGCGAGUUCCAGAACUUCACCAUAGUAGUGCACAUUCUGAAUGGCGAAAGCUUUGCCGAACUGCAUCAUGGUGGUGCGAGUGGAUGCCGGAACUCGUGGUGGCACUCGGUGGUGCUCCUGGCACUCCUUAUGCUAAGUAGUUUAAGGGGGGAGUUUAGCUAAGGUUCCCGAUUAUUUUCGGUAGGUUAAGUGGGAGUAAACAAAUUGAGAUAACAUCGUUUUUCCUGUAGCACUUUUUGUUGAUUAAUUGUAAAGAUUCUGAAUUGGAUAGGGCAGUUAUUAGAAAUAACUAAAAACAAAAGGCAGCCUAAGUUUAACUGGCUAUUAUAGAUAUGUUUCUACGUCUAUCAUCAAUUUGUACAUGAGCAGGCACGCCUAGGAUUAAGUAUACUAAUAUAAGGUAGAGUAUUUCGUACAGUACAGGAGAGAGGCCAACG